GGUUGCAUGUUGAUGGCGUGUGCGUGACACUCGUUUGACAAUUUAUUGAUGUUAAAAAUCUCGUUUUGUCCGUAAAUAAGGCAUUAUUGCUAAAAGAAGACUACGUUGAAAUAAUCAACCGACAGAUACAAUUUAAAAGUUAAAGCGAAUAAUAUAACUCGAAGAAACCGAAGGAAUAAUUGGCGGAUAAUGCCAACAUUUUUAGCCCUACAAAGUGCAAAAUUUAAUAGCGAUGCAUACUAGUAUGACCGCGCAGCAAAGCCCGGCAAAUAUGCAGACUGUUGUGGACAGAGAAAAGAUUUACACUUGGAUAUUGGAACUAUGCAAUCCAGAAACUCGUGAAAAUGCUCUAUUGGAAUUAAGUAAAAAGCGGGAAGUGGUGCCCGACUUAGCUCCUAUGUUAUGGCAUAGCUUUGGCACAAUUGCAGCUUUGCUACAAGAAAUUACGAAUAUAUAUGUAGCAAUGAUUCCUCCUACAUUGACAGCUCAUCAGAGUAACCGGGUCUGUAACGCUUUGGCUUUGAUGCAAUGUGUUGCUUCCCACCCUGAAACUAGAUCUGCAUUCUUGCAAGCUCAUGUACCAUUGUUCCUGUAUCCAUUUUUACACACGGUUUCCAAAACACGCCCUUUUGAAUAUCUACGCCUUACUAGUCUAGGAGUUAUUGGAGCAUUAGUUAAAACAGAUGAACAAGAAGUUAUAACAUUUUUAUUGACCACUGAAAUUAUACCUCUGUGCCUACGUAUAAUGGAAAAUGGAUCAGAACUAUCAAAGACUGUAGCAACAUUUAUUUUGCAAAAGAUAUUAUUGGAUGACAGUGGAUUGUGCUACAUAUGCCAGACAUAUGAUAGAUUUUCUCAUGUAGCUAUGAUUUUGGGGAAAAUGGUGUUAUCAUUAGCAAAGGAUCCAUCGGCAAGACUGUUGAAACAUGUUGUUCGUUGUUAUUUACGUUUAUCUGAUAAUCCUAGAGCAAGGGAAGCUCUACGUCAAUGUCUUCCUGACCAACUUCGAGAUGCUACUUUUACUGCUUGCUUACAAGAAGACAAUUCCACAAAACAUUGGCUAGCUCAAUUGAUAAAGAACCUGGAAGCUCAGCCCCCACCUGCUAGUCCGGCGCAACCGAACAUGUGAGAAUUGGCUUUAUCGAGUUACACCCUCUACAAAACAUUCAAAAAGUGGUGCAACUCUAGCUAAAUUUACAGUUUAUUUAUAAAUUUAGCACUGAUGAAAAACCAUAGAUAUUAUAUGAACUAACAUGAUGUCUUACUAAGUGUCACUGGCAAAUAAUAAUUAAUAUAGCUAAUUGAAACUACUUAUUUUAUAUUGAUAGUUGAAUGGAUUCAAAUUAAUGAAAUAGUUAAAAUUAGAUGGUUCAAAUCAAAAUAUUGCUAUCUAAUGGUCCAUGAGGACAUGGUCUAUGGUUUUUGUAUUAAAAAUGCAUUUUAGGUACCUAAUUAAAGGCUUGUUACUUCGUUUCUCAUAUAGAUAAUGUAAGAAGUUUUGAUUUUGUAGUGGGUGUGUAAAA